AGAGAAGGCGUAUCUGGUUUGAAUAGGCAGAGUUUUUAUUGUAAGUGGAGAAAAAAAUGUCGAAGAAGAACAAUUUAGCCAAGAGAAAGAAGCAGCACGAGUACAAUCUCCAAAAGGAGAAAGAAAUACAGGACAAGAAGAUCAAGAAGCUUCACGCCAACAAGAACAAGAUGAAAGUUGAUGGUAGUGGGAAGAAGAAGAAAGGUGGAUUCUCAGUUGGGAAGAAGAAGUUGAAGACUAAGUUGACUCCUGCUGCUAAAGCUAAAGCUGCUCAAGCUAUGGAGCUAGACAAUUGAGAAGGAACUUGUUUUAGUUUUUAUUCACUUGUUUACAACUUUUAUGUAUCGCUCUUCCUUUUGAGCUCAAGAUUUUUGCUUUCCGUACUUAUGAUCAUCACGAAAUCAAAUAUGAUUAAUCUGUUUUGUUUGCUAGUUGGA